AAAUCGAUUAAUGAGUCAGGUGCAAUUCAUUCAAUUCGUUUUUUAUUUGAUUGAUUUAAUAUUUAAAAGGUACUUAAUCGAAAUCUCUAUUUCACUAUUCAUAAUAUAUAAACAAAAGACAAAAUCAUGAAGAUUACUCUUGUCGUCAUCUUCUUUCUUAAGUUAAUAAAAAUUUUAUAUUCCUAUGAAGCUGAGAAUUAUAUAAAAAAUUUAAAAACUUUAGACUCAAAAGAUGAUAAAUGUGAUAAAAUUCAAUUUGAAGAAAUUAUACAACAAUUAGAAGCAGUUGAAGAAAUCGAGAUUGAUAAUUAUCAUAUUCUCUGGAUGUUCACAAAUAAUGAUUUUAUUAAAAUUAAAAAAUUUAUUGAGAACUUCGUAGAUAAUCAAUCUACGCAUUUUGCGUCAAAAAGCGAGAACAACAAUUAUUUGUCAGUGAUAGAGGAAAAUAUUUUACUUUAUUCAUCGAAUGAAACAAAUAGUAAAAUUGGAUAUUUACUCUACAAGCCAUUAAAUAAAACUAAUAGCGAAAUUGUCCUAAAAUACUUUAUUAAUAGACAGAUGAAUAAAGCUUCGAAGGUGAAUGUGCUAAAGAAUUCGCGUAAAAUCAAUCAAUUUUUUUCAACGAUGAACAAUAUUUAUGAAGAAUAUUUUAAAAAUUUAACUCUUGAAUAUGUUAAUAAAUCGGAAAUUGAUUUAUGGACAAAGUUUUACUUAAAAGGUCUAUUAAAACAUGAAAAAACAUUUUUAAAUUUAAACUUCAGCAGUGAAUUGAAAUUCUCCAAAAAAAUGAACUGUUCAAUGAUUACGAUAAAUGACUAUCUGACAAAUAGUUUUCAUAAACUUGCCGAUUACAUUUUUACUCAUUACUUUAAUUUAGAGGCGAAUUUAACGAAUGAGGAUAAUUUUGUCAAAGAGCUAACCAAAGCACAUGUAAUUUUGAAUUCAGCAAUUGAGAAAACAUUUCAAGUCCUUGGUACCAGAGAUGUAGUAGAUAAAGAAAAUUUCGAGCCAUUUAUAUCUGCUUUGAAUGAAUUAGAAAUCAACAUACCUGAGAAUUAUUUUCUUCCGAUUGCAAUGAAAAUAAAUCAGAUAAAUUUUCUCUACCUAGCGACGGGUACAUUAGAGAGGCCAAGUUUUAUACUAGAUUCAGUAAAACGAAUUAUCGAGAAUGAAAUUGGUGCUUCCAUUUUGUGGUACGGAAAACUGAAGAUUGCAUACAUUGCGGCUGCGCGGAGUUUAAGUAUCAAUUUUCACAGUAACAUGAAAAGAAAAGUGAAUCAACUGUCAGAACAUUUCAGUCUCAAGGCAUUAAAUUCAAAGGUGAAGGAAAAGCAGUUAAAAGAUUUAGAAUCGUAUUCAUUCAAUAGAGAUUUAAAAAAGGAAUGCAUUCUAAUGGAUGAGCAGAUGGGAAAUGAAAUAUAUAAAUUGCAGAUCCGUGGAGACUUCUUGAACUUUAAAGAUAUUCCAGAUGUAGAGCUAUGUAAAGGAAAAACAAGAUACAUUGAAUUAUUUGCACGUAAUGUACUCUUAUUUGACAAUGAUUUAAUUAGAAUAGGAGACAUGACGCAAGUAGUAGCUAUAUCACCAAAAUGGAUUGUUUCUGAAUCAAGGAUGAUUGAUCUUAGAGGUGCUGAAGGUGAGGAUCAUGAGGUGGUGUCUGCUGAAGAUGGUGAAUUGGGAGUGAGAGGAGAAGAUGGUUUGCCUGGACUGCCAGGAGGAUCCGGCGGAAUAUUCGUUGGAAUAGCUGAUGAAAUCAUUAAUAAAGAGAAUCUAAAAAUUUGGGCAGAUGGAGGUCAGGGUGGAAGUGGACAACAUGGAGGAAGGGGGGGCAAAGGACCCGACACUAGACUACCUACUGUUUAUGAUUAUGAUGAAGCUAUACUAUUAGAAACAAAAGUAAGACAUUAUUUUCCUUUCUUCCAAGAAUUUGAUGACAUUUGUCUUGUUUAUGAUUUUGACAUAUUGACGAUUUCGUCUGGUGGAGAUGGAGGUAAUGGAGGUAAAGGUGGCUUUGGAGGUAAUGCUGGAAAAAUUUUCAUUGUUCAAAUGAAUAAACCAUUUCAAGAGCAUUUAUCAAAACAUGGAGAAGUAGGUUAUGAUGGGCUAGGAGGUGCGGGAGGUUCUGCAAACUUUAAAAUCGAAAGUAUAGAAGAAAAAUGCUAUGAUAGACAAAUCAAGGCCUCCUUUAAUUGUGAAAAUUGUACCAUCACUGAGAGAAUACAAUUAGUUAUUCAUAAUGGAACUGCUGGUCUAGAUGGAAGCAAUACCAAGAGAAUAAAAUAUCCACUUAAUUUCGUCGGAUUCAGAGACAUUGAUUUUGUUGUAAAUGAUUAUAAAACAUAUGUAAGACCAGCUUUGUCAGAUUCGAAGAACAAAGAACUUUUGGAUUUCCAUGCAAAUCUAAUAGAGAAUGAAGCUAUCAAUAAACAAUACAGCACGUUUGGAUUGCUUGAUGAACUAAAAGGAUUAGAAAUACAGUAUUUGAAUUUAGAAAAUGUAGACUUACCAUCAUUGUAUGCCAAUUUACAGAAAAGGAUUGAAAAAUAUGUACAAAGACAUCUUGAUUUUGGAAUGAGUGAGGAUUACUUGGUGGCAUUAGAUUAUGCUUAUACGGCAGCCUUAACAAAAGCCAGUCGUCUAACUGAGAGUGGUUACUUUGUACAUCAUUUGCAAAAUUAUGUUGAAUCUGUAUCGGAAAAUAUCAGAAAACUCAAAGACAAUAUUGUAGAAUACUCAGCUAAUCAAUUGGGUGAAGAUUACAAGCAAAACGUUGAAAGAAGAAUCGAAGAAGCGCGUAUAAUUAUUGAAGAACAGUUAUUCAGUGCAAUAGAUAAAGCAAAAAAUUUAAUGAAAAAGAAAAUCUACAACUUGAUUAAUGAAACAAUUGGAUUGAGAAACGAAUCACAAGAAAAGAAGAAUGCUUUAAAGAAAGCAAUGAUGCAGCAAACAAUCCUUACACUCUUAAAGUCCGCACUGGUGGGAAUUUCUGCCUUAAUUCCUGGAGGACAGGCAGCUGCUAUCGUAGCAUUUACAGCUCUUCAAGUAGGUGAAUAUUUUGCUCCAGAAUAUUCACAAGAAAGAUUUCAAACUAGAAUGCCAAGUGCAGUGGGAAAUCGAUUCGCGGGUGCUUUAGAAUUUCUAAAGAAUUCUAAACUUAAACAACAGAAAUUAUUAGAAAACGAUGUUGAAUUCCUGAAAAAUCAAAAACAUAAGCUUGACAGUUUAAAUGAAUUGACAAAAAUGGAUGUCAAUGGGACAAUUAUAGCGAAUGAAAUAAAGGAUUUAGAUAAGCAGAUUGAAACAUUAAGGCUGAAGAAGGACAACAAUGCAGAUGAAACCGAUUAUACAAAAGUGUUUGAUGUCGUAGGUAAAUUAAAAGCUUAUUAUAAUUUUAAGCAGAAGAAUACAGAUGCCGUUGAGGAAGUUGACAAUGAUACAGAGAAAAAGAAAUCUCUGAAAGACCACAUUUCCUCAACGGAGAAUGAUAUUGAAAAAUUGCAGAAAUACGAAAAUCGUAUUUACAACGAACUGAUUCCAGUUUUUGAAAAAAUGUGCCAAGAUCUACCUUCCGAUGAAAUGUUAAAAAUCGAAUCCGUCGCAGCUCUUGACAUCUCUAAAUGGAAAGUCCAAUCAUCUUUAAAAAAUGUAAAACUAAUAGUUAAACAAUUUACAAAAGGAUUCAAUGUCGAGAAUGAACUGGACAUGAUAAUUGAACAUUUGGAAGACACAAUCAACACCUUGAUUAGCAUUUAUGACGAAAUUCAAAAUUUUCAACAAGAAAAAAAACUUGCUGCCUACAUAAAACAAUUAAAUAACGUGAAAUUUAUAACCUUCAAAUCAAAAAAUCAACUACUUGAGAAUUCUGUGCUCGAAACACGUUCCAUCAUUCGUGUCAAUCUCGCUUUAAUUCAGUAUGCAAAAAUUUACAAUGCCUUCAAGCAAUUUGUAUUCCCAUUUGCCAAUAAAUACAUGAAAGACCUCUACAAACCGUCAGAUUUUGAGAUAUCAACCAAUAUUAAUUCAGAUACGAUGAUGCGCUGGUUUGCAAAGGUUUCAGAAAGUGUUGACAAAAUUAAAAACAAAAUUAACGCAAUUCAGGCGACUAUUUUCAAAAACAGUAAAUUUAACGAGAAAUUAGAAUAUGGCAACAAACAUCAGGGCGAAAUUUAUUUAUGGCAAAAUGAGACGCAUCAUGAAAUGAUAUCGGAUCUUCUGGGCGGAAAAGAAGUCAUCUUGUUUCCCAAUGCAAGGAAUUUCCCUCAUUUUGCUGUUAAAUUUAAGAAAAUUAGAAUUGGAUUUGUGGCAAAAAAUAAAACGGAUCAGAAACAUUUAACGGAACUUUUAAAUCCAUUAGAGAUGAAAAUGACGCAUGCCGGUAAUUCGUAUUAUACAUGUGGAGAUAAAAUGUACCUUAUAUCUCAUUCACCCAUUACUUUGACAAAAACAUUCAAUGAAAGUUAUCAAGGAGAAUCUGAUUCUGUGCAAAAAUUAGCAAAUGGAGAUGAUCUAGUGAGUCCUUUUGCUACGUGGCGAGUAAAAAUUAGAAAAGCUACUGGCAAUAUUGACUAUAAUUACUUUGAAAAUUUCAAAAAUAAUGUAGAUUUAGUUUUGGAAGGAGUUGGCACAUAUGUUAAAGUAACGAAUACUGAUGUGUGUAACAGGGACACAAUAUUAACGGAAUAUUAUCAAGAAUAUAUUCCAAUAGUGGAUUUUGUCAAAUGAACAAUGUUUUUGUAAAUGAAUAGUAAAUUAUUAUUAGCUUUAA